GAAUUUUUUUUUUCUGAGAAUAAACAUGUUAGUAAUGAUAACAUCAAUAAUGAAUUUCUCAUGUGAUUUUUUUAAAAAGGACACUUUAAAUUUUUCCUUAGCAAUGUACUUGGCCUGUGGUUGUCUAAAUGUGCUUCCCUACCCCACUAACUCUUCUUUUUUCUUCAAAUAAUAGAUCAGUGACUAUCAUCUAUUCCACAAGAUGAGUAACAGCCAUCCUCUUCGCCCCUUCACUGCAGUGGGGGAGAUUGAUCAUGUGCACAUUUUGUCUGAACAUAUUGGUGCCUUGUUGAUUGGGGAAGAAUAUGGCGAUGUCACAUUUGUUGUGGAAAAAAAGCGUUUUCCUGCCCACAGGGUAAUUUUAGCAGCCAGAUGCCAGUAUUUUCGAGCAUUACUGUAUGGUGGGAUGAGAGAAUCUCAGCCUGAAGCAGAAAUCCCUCUCCAAGACACUACUGCAGAAGCGUUCACAAUGCUGCUUAAAUACAUCUACACUGGGCGGGCUACACUGACAGAUGAGAAGGAGGAGGUGCUGCUGGAUUUUCUGAGCCUGGCUCAUAAAUAUGGAUUUCCAGAGCUGGAGGAUUCCACUUCUGAGUAUCUGUGUACCAUACUUAAUAUUCAGAAUGUCUGCAUGACUUUUGAUGUUGCCAGUCUCUACUCACUGCCCAAGUUAACUUGUAUGUGCUGCAUGUUUAUGGACAGAAAUGCUCAGGAGGUACUCUCAAGUGAAGGUUUCCUCUCUCUUUCUAAGACAGCACUUUUAAACAUCGUGUUAAGAGACUCAUUCGCAGCUCCUGAGAAAGAUAUUUUCUUAGCCUUGUUAAACUGGUGUAAGCACAAUUCAAAGGAGAAUCAUGCUGAAAUCAUGCAGGCUGUGCGCUUACCUCUGAUGAGUCUCACUGAACUCCUGAACGUGGUGAGGCCUUCGGGACUGUUGUCCCCUGACGCCAUUCUGGAUGCUAUCAAAGUCCGGUCAGAGAGUCGGGAUAUGGACCUCAACUACAGAGGCAUGCUUAUACCAGAAGAAAACAUUGCAACUAUGAAAUAUGGAGCCCAGGUUGUGAAAGGGGAGUUGAAAUCUGCCUUAUUAGAUGGUGAUACUCAAAAUUACGAUUUGGACCAUGGAUUUUCUAGGCACCCCAUUGAUGAUGACUGCCGGUCUGGCAUUGAGAUUAAGCUGGGUCAGCCGUCUAUUAUCAAUCACAUACGAAUCCUCCUGUGGGACCGGGACAGCCGGUCAUACUCAUACUUCAUUGAGGUGUCAAUGGAUGAACUUGAUUGGAUCAGAGUGAUAGAUCAUUCACAAUAUCUGUGUCGCUCUUGGCAAAAGUUGUAUUUUCCAGCCCGUGUCUGCAGAUAUAUUCGAAUAGUUGGAACUCACAAUACAGUGAACAAGAUUUUUCACAUUGUGGCUUUUGAAUGCAUGUUUACAAACAAAACCUUCACUCUCGAGAAGGGGUUGAUAGUUCCCACAGAGAAUGUUGCGACCAUUGCUGAUUGUGCCAGUGUGAUUGAAGGAGUCAGUCGGAGCAGAAAUGCCUUACUGAAUGGGGACACUAAGAACUAUGAUUGGGAUUCUGGUUACACGUGUCAUCAGCUGGGAAGUGGUGCAAUUGUGGUUCAACUGGCACAGCCGUACAUGAUUGGGUCAAUACGGUUGUUGCUUUGGGACUGUGAUGAUCGAAGCUAUAGCUACUACGUUGAGGUUUCGACCAACCAGCAACAGUGGACUAUGGUGGCUGACAAAACUAAAGUGGCCUGCAAGUCCUGGCAGUCAGUGACUUUUGACAGACAGCCUGCCUCCUUUAUCCGCAUCGUGGGAACGCACAACACGGCCAACGAGGUGUUCCACUGCGUCCACUUUGAGUGUCCGGAGCAGCAGAGCAGCCAGAAGGAGGAGAGCAGUGAGGAACCAAGCACAGGAGACAGCAACGCAGCCGGUCAGCAGCUCGACCCCCAUGCCCUGCGGGCCCCCAAUGGCAGCUCGCUGCCCCCCAGCCCAGGCAACUCCCACUCACCCAACCGGCAGCAUCAGUAGAGGAGACAGCAGUGCCGCCCGCAGACACUGGCCUCCUCCCUGGGUAGAGGUCUUUGCUGACCAUCUCCACCUCCCAACCUGCUCCCCUCACUCCCAGGGAGGAGCAGACCCAGUGCAUCCAGGGACAUGGAACAGGUUUUCUCCAAGGACAGAAAGGGUGUGCUUUGUUCUCCUCGAUUUGUUCAUAUCAGGCUUCGGUCUUCAUCAGGUCCCACCAUUAAACCCCUGCCUCUGCGUUCCCCAGCCAGGGGAACAGAAGGAAGUCAGAUAGAGGCUGUGCAGGCCCCACGGGGCACCUGCGCACAGGGAAGGCCUUGCUCCCCUCCCCCUGUUAGGACCUGUCAGGAAAUGGGCUUCCCCGAUGGUUUAUAUUAGGGAACACACAGGCCCGGCGGCUGAGCCUUGGCUGCUGUCAGUCUGCUCUGCACUCGUUGGCCCCCCGGCUUCCUGACUUCUUGGCAAUGCUGCAGCAGUGGAGUACCUGGCAUGGUCCCUCUGACUGUUCUACUACUUCCUGCCCUCAGCACUGAGCGCUGCCGUGGGAGAAGCUGAGAGCCACGGAGCUUGGCUGGGGAACAAGGCACAGUUGCAGCCCAUCAAGGUCCCUGGGCUGAGGAGAAAAGGCCUCUGAGGAAGUUGCACAAAAAUACACCAUGAACAGAUUGGUCUGUGGUUGCUUAGUUGCCAACCUCUUGUUCCUUAAGGUGCCCAGCCUCGGUGUUCGGGAGGUCAUAGUCACAGUACCAGCUGCUAACCAGGAACCCUAGCCACCAGGCUUGCA